GGUUGCCAACCGCCGUUAAACACAAAGAAGAAGAAGAAGAAGGCUCCUUCCGCGAUGCGUUCAUCCCGCCGCCAUAUUGCAGCGGGGUUCUUCGGGUCAGCCCAAAACAACAGAAGAUGCCAGACUUUUGUGCCGCUCUCGGGUGCUCUAAUCAAAGGAACGCCAACACCAAGCAGCGGGGAAUAACGUUUCACAGGUUCCCGAAGGACAAAGUUAAAAGGCAGUUAUGGAAAAGGGCCCUGAAGAGAAGAGACUUUGAGCCAAACGACCGCUCGGUUGUCUGCAGCUGUCAUUUCAAAGCAGAAGACUUUGACAGGACUGGACAGACGACUCGUAUAAGAGAAGGAGUGAUCCCAUCCGUUUUUUUAUUUACAAGACAUCUCGGCAAGGAACAUACUGCAACCAGGACAAGCAGGACCUCCCAGAAAGCUGCAGAAGAACCCCCACAGGUGCAGGCUGUGGAGCAAACAUCUGAUCAUCAGUAUGCUCUAGACCCAGUGCAAGUAAAAAAGCGGUUAAACGAGGCCCGGGAGAAGCUGGAAGAAUUGCGUCGGGACUUGAGAAAUGCUAAGGAUCGGGAAAGAAGGCACAAAAAGACAGUAAAAAGCUUGCUGGAGGAUUUGAAACACAAACACAUGCUCUCAGAAGAACUGCAGCAAAGACUGGAUGAUAUUCUGCUUGGCUAAACUGUGGCCUCUUUGUCUCUCUGCCUGCGAUGUCCCUAAAAAACAAAAAAACGUUGCUCAGAUUUGAUAUUAAAGUUCUUAAAAAAUAGUGUUUCCAUGACAACAUAUGGGUUAUAUUAGUGUGAUCCUUGUAAAUGUUCAAAAUAAAAUCUAUAACACUUUUUAAAAAACAGUGAUAGACGUUUAUCAAACAUAACAUUCAUACUGGAAGCAAAGGAACCUCACUCAUGUUUCAUUAAGUCCUCGUCAGCAAGCAGCAGACCAGAGCAUCACCUGAGAGCAGACCGAUGUUAACCGCCACUCAGGAAGCGCUUCCUCAAAGACCGCUUUGCUCAGUGUUAAGAAGCAUCCUUCCAGAAGACUUCAGUUGAGCUGCUUUCACUGACAAACGUAGCAGCACAGGUCGCUGUGUGCUGCUGUUCCAGGUUUUAGAGCAAUUUAAUGGAAUAAUCUGACAAAUAAUCUGACCUGCUGUUGUGGUUUCAAGGCCUGAUAUUGCACAUAAUCUAAGGCUACGUUCACACUGCAGGCAAAAACGCAUCAAAUCUGACUUUUUUGACCCUAUGCGACCC